UUAAUCACGGAUACAGAUAUUUCCCAGAUAUUUAAUCUAAGGCUUUCUCUCAAAGGAAUACAAGUUCAGUUUGCAUUUCAGCUGGAUUGGUCUUUCCUUGACCUAAUUUUGGGCUGAAAAUAGGUCGAACAGUUUUCCGGGAUUUUUUCAUUACGGAUACAGAUAUUGCCCUGAUAUUUAGUCAAAGGCUUCAUCUCGGAGAAAUACAAGUGCAGUUAGCAUUUCAGCUGGAUAGGGGCACUAUUACCUACUUUAGGGUAGAAGUAAAUUAAACAGUUUUCCAAAAAAUGUUUGGUAUGAUCACAGGUAUUACUGUGGAAUUUUGUCACAAUCUCCAUCUCGGAGAAACUCAUAAUCAGUUCAAAUUUCAACUUAAUUUGGUGCACCAUGACCUACUUUAGGGCUAAUCAGUAGCAGAUUAAUAUUAGAGGGUAUAAAAUAGAAAUGAAUCAAGAAAUACUUAUAUCACCUGUAGAUCUACUAUUUGUUAUUCAGUGUUGGUAUGUGUAUGUCAUAUAUGUAGCAGAAUGGUUUUUUUCAUAUUUCACAUCUCGGCAAAUGUUCGUUAUUUAAUGACAAAACGGUAUAAAACCUUUCUGUUUACAAAAUAUUGAUUUUGGGGGUCAUAGUAUGCAUUACAUCAGGUAUUGCACUAACUAUCCAUUAUUAAUUACCGGAUUGAAGUAUUGUAUAUGAGCUGUAGCAUGCGCAAAUAAAUCCGAACAGACGUCUAUAAUCGUGCAAAUAAUCCAAUCCAAUAGUGUUACCUUCCUUAAACAUCUAUUCUGAACUGUUAUCAACAAUUAACAUUAUUUAAUAGGCACGGCAGUGAAGCAUUACAAUGGGAGAUGUAAAGUUGAUUUUCUCUUUUGGUUUGAUUCUUAAUGCCAUUGGCGUUGAAAGUGUAAAUGGAUGCGAAGAUAGUCACUUCCAGGGAAACUGUGAAAAUGAGCAUACUUUCUUAGUUUGCUAUAAUAAACAAUGGCAUAAAGCUAAUGGCUACAGUUUCAGCGACAACACACAGUUGACAUUCAAACAAGUUUGCAAUUGUGAAGGCAGCUCCGCUGUGAACCCUAUUGUAGAAUGUUCGAAUGGGGAUCGUUAUAAAAAUAUAAAUGUAAGCACACUGAAAACUGUUGAUGGCGUCCGUCGGUCUCGGAAUACCGUGGAGUCUGCGCCUGAAAGUCAGUUGGUGCUGUUGGAAAAAACAGCAGCGGCUGUGGCUGUAGAGGACGACGCGGGAGCAGCAUGCCCUGUUGUAGUUGUAUGGCCAAAGUGUAAAAAUAUGAUAUCAAAAAUAAUCGAACAGCCAUUUUGUUCUUUUUCAAUGUUUCCAUAGUUGCAAUCUACGCUUAUUUGAAACGUGUUAAUAAAUGUUAGUGUAGAUUCACCUUUGAAUGGCCCACAAAAUCCUGCAUAGUACGUGUCUGUCUAUUGAUUUCGUCAAUGCCGGGUUUUCCCAAACAAUCCGUCAUCGAAAUAAUAAUAGUCUUUACAAAAGUGAUCGAGAAUCAGAAAAUGGUCGUAAUUUUUUAUGAAUUAUUUAUCUAUUGGUAAAUAAAUUGUAUUUUUACAACAUGCUCGAUCAAUUUGUGUUCGUCAUCUCCUAUUCAGAUUAUCUGCCAAUAGUGUGUGGUAUGUUAUUUAUGUUCCCUAGUUCACAUUUAAUACAUGAUUGACCGUUUUAUUCUACCAUUACUUUAUUUCCCGUGGGGAUCCGCGUUAGAAUAGGUCCUCAGUACCUCUUGCUUGUCGUAAGAGCCUACUAAAUGGGAUGGGCAUUCGAAUGAUACUACAAAAACCGAGGUCCCGUGUCACAGCUGGUGUGGCACGAUAAAGAUCCUUCCCUGCUCAAAGGCCAUAAGCACCGAGCAUGGGCCUUUAUACAGCUUGCAGCCCUUCACCGGCAAUGGUGACGUCUCCACAUCAGUGAAAAAUUCUUAAGCGGGACGUUGAAUAAUAAUCAAUCAAUUACUUUUCACGUCGAAAGUUUCCAGUGUAGCCACAGGGGCUUGUCAUGUAAUUUUUGUCUUAUCAAAAUUUGACAUCGUCUAUUCUAUAUUUACACAAGGUAGGAAUUCGGAAUCCCAAAAUUUGCUAACUCAAAUUUUCAGUCUUAUUUUAAUCAGAUUGGAUCAUAGUUUGUAAAAAUACCUAAUAUCUGUUUGCAACUGCAAUAAAUAGGAAGAAGCAAUGCAUUUUCUGUCGUUUUUUAACCAUAGGAACUUUCCCUCUAUCACCCAAAAUAGAAAACGCAUUCUUAUUAGUAUCACUACUCCCAAGGGCUAUGAAAUCUAGAGGGAAAAAAACCUGUUCUGAAUUCUAAUGUUCAGCAACAGUAUAAAUCAAGAUGUGUUCUUAAAACUAAAAUGCCCACAAUAGUGCAUACACUGAUGAAAGGCUUUACAUAUAAUAUAUGUAUUAACAUGAAAAGAUAUGACUAAUUUGGACCCAUCCUAGAGUCAAAACCUGUGAAAUGCACCAUUUUCGUGCAUUCUUUUCUGCUAUUCCUAAGUAUGC